GCACAGAGACGCGGCUCCCCGGCUCUGUGACCCUGGGCAAGUCACUUCACUCUGCUUGCCUCUUUCCUCAUCUAAAAUGAGGCUGGAGAGGGACGUGACAAACCACACUAGUGUCCUUGCCAAGAACGCUCUCAUGAAGAGUCAGACACGACUGAACAACAGCCACCCGUGCCAGACCCCGGGGCCCCCACAUCCCUGCCCCCAAAGAGCUUCUCAUAGUCUGUUGGAGGGGACUGAAAAGAUACAGGAUAGACACAGAAUAAGCAUGCAGGGUUCCAUGAUGGGGGAGAGUGGCCAAUCUAUCCCGGAAUGUUAGAAAUAACUGUUAAAAAGAAUCUUAAGGAGUCUGAUGUGGGGGCAGCUGAGUGGCUUUGUUGGAGAUGGGAGGACCUAGGUUCAAAUUUGGCCUCCGUCACAUCUUGGCUGGGUCACCCCCAAGUGUCUAGCCCAUACUGUUCUGCCUCGAAGCCAAUGUUUAAUUCCAAGACAAAAGUUGCGGUUCAGACUGUGUACGUGCAGCAGCCCGUCUCCUUUUUUGACCGCCCCGUCCAGAUGUGCUGUCCUUCGUGUAACAAGAUGAUAGUGACCAGUCUCUCCUAUAACGCAGGCGCCCUAACCUGGCUUUCGUGCGGCAGCCUUUGCUUAUUGGGAUGUAUAGCCGGCUGCUGCUUCAUUCCCUUCUGUGUGGACGCCCUUCAGGAUGUCGAUCACUAUUGCCCGAAUUGCAAAGCUCUUCUUGGUACCUAUAAACGUUUGUAGGGCCAAGGCAAGCGUGAGAAAUCUGCCCAGAGUUUGAUGACGGCUUUUCAAGUCCUUCAGAAGCUUCGCCACCUCUGCAGCCGCUGGUGGUCCGCUCUUUGGUGGUCUCUCUGAUUUUUCCAGUGGUCCAUUGAAAGGAAAACCAAUCAACCAAACCCAAACCAGCCCAAACCCCCACAACCUCUGAACCUCUGAACGUGGUGCUUGGAGGACUUGAAAGGACAUGCAGACAUUGGUUUGGGUGUAGUGUGCCAAUGUAUGAACCAAAUCAUCCCUGUCUUUGACUGGUUGCUGGCUUAUUUAAGAUUGAUUUUUGGUCGGCAGACCCCUUCUGCCUCUUCUGUAGCACCUUUGUGGAUGGUCUUUACGCAGAAGUCAUGGGCUGCCGUGGUUUGAGACUGAAGUGGCCAGAAAGAGACCGAACCAAUCCAUAGUGCCUACAGUCUGCCCCUCCCUAGGGCAGAGUCUUGGUUUAGAGACCUUAGGAGAUGCUAUGCUCAGAUACUAUUCGAUUAGGGACUUUUUAUGAGCACAAAAAUACACUUUAACUUUUUUAUUGUUUUUUUAAAGGAGGGAUAACCUAAUCAUUCUUAACACAAGGUGCUUGCUACUAGAUAUAUUUCUCUGAGUUUGUGAGAGCUUGUCAGAAAUAGAAUUUCUCCUUUAUUAUUCCCUACUUCCUCAGCUGUAGUCGAGUAGCCAGAGCUUUAGCACGUGAAGUGAGUGGGUCCCUCUGAUCCAUGAAUUUCUUAGCAAUUGAGGUUUUUUUGUUUUUUUUCCAUUUUAAAGAAACUUGCUUUUGGAUGGACUUAUCCCUAAAAUGACUUCAAAGGAAAUGUUUAUCAGCCCAUCUUGAUUAAUUCUAUGAAUGACAUCAUUCUUACAUAUGCCAGUGUUGUAUCCCUUUUUAUUAAAAACAAAUACACAAACCAGAAACACAAAACCACUGCCUUUCAUUUGGCUCACUGCAACUGUCAACAACUUCUGCAGUAAUAAUUUAAAAAAAAUUAAAAACUUUUGGAUUUUGAUAACAUAUGUGAAAAUAUGGCUUUGAUUUGUAGCUAUAUCGUAUUUUGAGAACCUCUUUACAAGAAAACCAUAGGAACCUGAUCUACUUCAGAGAAGUCUAGAGUUUACUCUAUUGUCACUCAUUAAAUUAGCCUCAGUUAUCUGGCCCUCUCACCUAAGAAAUGUUUUGUGUUUAAAAUCAGCACACAGACAGGACUCUGGUUCCGAGAUUCCCUUACUCAGUAUUGAGCAAAAGCAAAGGAAAUAUUUGGAUAAUAUCUGUCUAAAAAUCAGCCCUGAAAUGUUGGGUGGAAGCUAUCCAUUGGCUAAAAUUUAUAAUAGUUAUACUAAUGAUUAGGAAGGCUUAUUUUCUUCAAGUGUGGGUGAAACCCCAUCUUGCUUCCAAAGUAAUGGUGAAAUGUAUACAGCUCUCUUGGAGUACUUUGGCUUUUAUUUACAGUACUUUGGCCUUUUAUUGAGCCUUUGAUUUACUUGGUGAACAUUUUAUAAAAGGCUCCUUGUGGGUUUAGGAAAGGUUUCAUAUUAUGUUGCAGCUGUUGCUUUCAACUCUGUCUGUCUGUCUCUCUCCCUCCCUUCCUCUCACUCUGUCUCCCUCUUCCCCCCACCCCCCUCUCUCUCACCCUCUCACUCUGUUUCUUUCUCUCCCUCCCUCUCUGUCUCUGUCUCUCACUCUGUCUCUGUCUGUGUCUCUCUCCCUCCAACCCUUUAUUAGUCACAUGGUAGUAGAAAAUAUUUGAUGAAAAGUGUGCAGAUUAACCUAAUCUCCAGAAAAUAUACCUUAAAGUCAAGAUAAAUAAUGAGAUACACAAACUCAAUGAAUCAAAUCUAGUUAGAGCUUAUUUGAACCUGUAUUUUAUCUCAAUGGCCGAAAAACAAACCAGAGCUUUUACAUUAUAAACAAAAUGUACCAAAAAGCAUGGUUAUACUUCCAACAAAAAUACGGUUUAUUCAAUAAUCUGCUGGGGCCUUUGUUGGUGCUAGGAGGAAGAUAGAAUAUCUAUUAGAUAUAUCUACACAUUGCUAAUCAUUUGUUUGCUUUUACCUGCAAAUAAGUCUAUAGCUGUCUGGAGGGGUUUGGAAAAAUAAAGAGCAUCUUGAUGUAGCUUAUGUUGUCAUUGAAACAUUUAUAAUUUAUGAUCUUAAAAAUCACUGCUUACUAAUACCAGGUGUGUUUAGUAUUCUUCCUUUGUUGUAUAGAACUCAAGAUGGUUUGUUUCUAGCUGUUUUGUUCAAGUGGUAUGCAAAAUGGUCUCAGGCUAUUGUUGAAAUUAAUAUAUGCAAAUUCUGUAAUGCAGGCACUUUGCAUUGUGGCAAAAUGUUUAAUGUUCAUUAUUAAAAAUAAAAUCAGGCAAAAAGUUUAGGACAUUCCA